GAGACAACUACAGCUUGGAGCAUCUUAUAUGUAUAAAGAUUAACUAUCAAAGUUGUAUUGUCUUAUAAUUGCAAGAAUAAGUUGAAAUAUGAUAGUGUCCAUUCAAGUUGGAGAGGCUAAAGAAAUGCUUCUUCAAAUGAUGGUGUUGGUGUUGUUAGUUUAUCAACUAAAUGGUGAACUUAUUACAUACUUUUGAAUAGACCCCUUUGUUUGCCAGUUUGUGGUAGGAAAUAUGAUAUGUUGCCUAUAUAAUUGCUUCGAGGAGCUCCUCAGAUGUCAUAUAGAUCAAUAUCUUGUGUUAUCUGUAAGGAAAAUACAGCUGAUAUUAGCAAAUGUGAUGCAAUACAUGAGGUAUGUAUGUUUGUAGGCUGUUUAAAAGCAUGUUCACCUCCUUUCUUUUAUCCAGUCAUAUACAUCUUUUCUGGCUUAACCAUUGCCAUUUCCUAGGAAUUUAUAUUGUCUUCUUGCUUGGAAAACCACCAGUGGAUGCCUGAAAUAACUCAUUUGUCAUUUGACCUUGUAAAAACAUUUUCUAGUCUUGUAUUGAGUACCAGAAGCAGAGAUUCUUUCACUUGUGCUUCUAUUCAGACUUUCCAAUGUAACAUUUUAAACUUGAACAAUCAUAUUAGUUCAGUUUUAUUAAAAAAAAACAUAACUUUAGAAGCCUCACAUUCAAAUGGUUGAAAUCAGCAUUUUUUACAUGACAAGUUUUUUUACUUGUGGCCAUCAUUUAUAUGACUUGCUGAACAGUUCCUUUUCUCUAAUUGUGUAGAAAUUGAAUCACUUCUGUGGAGAUGAGUUGCACAGGGCCUAGGACAAACACUUGUAAGCAUGAACAUUUAUUACUGAAUAUGAGUUUGGAUUAUCAUUAAUGUUCUGAGGUCUUAGGAAAUGUUAGCCAUAAAGCUGCCAUAUGAAAGGGGAGUCUUCCAUAGAGAUAUUUCGAGUGUCUAGAUGAGCAAUCUUAGUUUAUAAAAAUGCUGAAUGUAC